AUGGAAGCCAGAUCGGUCACGGGGCCUCCGCCGCCGCCCCUCCCCGCCGGCGCCUUGGCUGAUCGCCGCGAUCCUUCGGCGAUCCCGGACGGCUGCUUCCGCCUGCCCAAGACCUCGUCGACGAGCCUGACCAAAUCCUUCACGGCGGUGCACGACUUCAGGGUGACCGACUACUCGCUGCUGGAGGGCAUGGGGUUCGGCAGGUACGUCAGCUCCAGCACCUUCUCCGUCGGCGGCAGCGACUGGGCCGUCCGAUUCUAUCCGGACGGCGCCACGGCGGGCUUGCUCGGCGACGUCUCGGCCUUCCUGUACUACUACAGCCGGGACCGGGACGCGCCCGGCGUCAGGGCGCGGUUCACCCUCAAUCUGCUCGAGAGGGACGGGAAGAUGCCCCCGGCCACCAACCCCUACAUGAAGCACACCUUCUCUCUGGCCAGCGACAACUGGGGCUUCACCAAGUUCAUGGAGAAGUCCAGGCUGCAGCAGGGCUCGCCGUACCUCGACAGGGACUGCCUCACGAUCAGGUGCGUGCUGACGGUGGUGAUCGACUCCCGCACCGUGGACAACGAGAUGAACUCUGUCGUCGUCCCGCCGUCCAACCUGUACCAGGACUUUGGGGAGAUGCUGAGCGAUGGCGAAGGUGCAGACGUCACAUUCACUGUGGACGGCCAGUUGUUUCAUGCCCACAGAUGUGUCCUGGCUUUCCGCUCUCCGGUGUUUAGAGCGGCGCUCUUUGGUCCAAUGAAGGAGAAAGCUGAAAAUCUCAUCAAAAUCGAUGACAUGGAGCCAGCAAUCUUGAGGCUCUGCUUCACUUCAUCUACACAGAUCGUCUGCCUGAUAGCUGCAGUGAUGGCGGAAUGCGGCGAUGCAGCACUUGCUCGUUGCAGCGGACCGGUAUGGAGCGGAGAGGCUAAGGUUGUUGUGUGA